CAACACCAAACCUACUACUACUGCCAUAAUUACUAAAUGUCCAGCUCGCCGUCUCCCUUCCCAUUUCUCUAUUCCUUUUUGCCCAUACAUUUCCUCUUUCCCCACGCACUAUAUAAUCUACGUAUAUAAAUCGAGAUGCAACACAACAUUCUCAAACAAACGCUCACGCUUUCGUCUCGAAAGGUCGUUUCCGUGGUCGCUAAAAGCAAUCAAUAUAUAUAUAGCGACGAAAAGAAAAAAAUAGCACAAAAUGGGUCGACCUCUUUCUGCUCCGUCUUCCUCCUUGGCGCCGUUGCUGUUCCUGACGGCGUUGCUAAUAAGCGUCGCCGUUAGUGGAGCUGCGGCGUCGAGGGCGACGAACGCCACCGUGCCGGCGAUCCUCAUAUUCGGCGACUCCAUCAUGGACACCGGGAACAACAACAACCUGGCCACCAUCAUCAAGUGCAACUUCCAGCCCUACGGCGUGGAUUUUAACGGCGGCCCCACCGGCAGGUUCUGCGACGGCAAGAUUCCCUCCGAUAUCAUCGCUGAACAAUUGGGAAUCAAAGGCAGCGUUCCUCCAUAUUUGGACCCAAGUCUCCAGCCCAAAGAUCUAUUAACUGGAGUCACCUUCGCUUCCGGAGGCGCUGGAUUCGACCCUAUAACCGCAAAACUAGUGGUACUUAAAGCCCAUACUUUUUUUUUUCUCCUUCUAAUGGCAGUUGUGUCACUGAGCCAACAACUCCAAUACUUCCAAGAAUACAUAGCCAAGGUGAAAUCCAUUGUUGGGGAAGAGAGGGCAAACUUCAUCAUAGGUAACGCCUUGUAUCUAGUGGUUGCCGGAAGUGACGAUAUCGCAAACACAUACUUCACUCUUCGAGCGAGGAGCAACUACGAUAUUCCCGGUUAUACCGACCUCAUGUCCGAUUCUGCUUCGAAUUUUGUUCAGGAAAUAUACAAGUUAGGGGCCAGGAAGAUUGGGGUGUUCAGCGCGCCGCCGAUCGGGUGCGUGCCGUCGCAAAGGACUGCCGGCGGUGGGCCUAUGAGGGUCUGCGCCGAUAACAGUAACCAAGCCGCCAUUCUUUUCAACUCCAAGUUGAAAUCAAAGUUGGACUCUCUUCACCAGAUGUUACCCAAUUCGAGAGUCGUCUACAUUGAUGUCUACUCUCCCUUGUUACAAAUCAUUCAAACCCCUACAAAAUACGGGUUCGAGAUUUCGGAGAAAGGAUGUUGUGGAACGGGAGCAGUCGAGGUGGCUAUACUGUGCAACAAGUUCACUCCACCUUGUCCCAAUGUCAAUGCACAUGUAUUUUGGGACAGUUACCAUCCUACUGAGAAGACUUACAGGGUUCUAGUUACAGAACUGCUGGAUAAAUACUCGAGGGACUUAUUGGGUUGAUCCAGUUUUCAUAAAAAAAAAUCAAGAGCUCGUCAUUAUUGUACCAUUAUCGAUACAGUCGAAAUUUUAUAUGUUUCUGGUUGUUGACUACAUGUUUGGUUUGUAACUCUUUUUUUAUUUUAAUUUUCUUUUCUUCUUCUUUUUGUUGGCUUGCAUAAAAAAAAACCCUUGUUAUGGGCUAUGAGUUGUUUGUGCCCGGCUGGCCGGAGAAUGUCAACACUACACGAUAAAAGAUCAAUGAAGCACAAAGCAAGAGUUUGUGCAUUGGUUGAUUGUUACAGUUAUUUAAACUAUUAUAUUUUGAAUUUUCACGGUUUCAAUGA